AUGGCCGAAGACCUCGACACCUACACCCACCUCCCCCUAACCAUCGACCCCCAAAGCAAAUCCAUCUCCCUCCUCGCCUCCUCUGGCCUCUCCUCCGUACAAACCCGCGCCCUCGAAUCCGAGCUCGCCGCUCUCAACGCCCUGCACCGCUCCCUCCACUCCCUCGACGCCCCGCACCUGGUCCCGCCCCCUCCCAUUCCCGUAAACCCCAAACGCUCCGCCCAAGUCUCCAAGCUGCGCGACAGCGGCAACGCCGAGUACAAGAAGCAAAAGUACAGCGAGGCAGCUAAAUUCUACACGUUGGGCAUCCAAAUGGCACUUGCCCGCCCGCUUUGGGAACCGUCCCAGCUGGUGAGGGAGGAAGUCCAUUCCUUGUUCUCGAACAGGGCGCAGGCGCACAUGUGGAUGCAGGAGUGGCCUGAGGCUGCGGUGGAUGCGGAAGCCAGUGUCGAGGCUAAGAGGGUGGGGAAUGCAAAGGCGUGGUUUAGGAGGGGAAAAAGUCUGUUGGAGAUGGGUAGACUAGAAGAGGCGAGGGAGUGGGUUGGACGGGCAUUGGAGGUGGAAGGGGAGGAGAAGGAGUUGGCGGAGUUGGGGAGGGAGAUUGAGAAGCGGUUGGAGGCUAAGAAUGCUGGUGCUGGUGCUGAGUAG